UGUCACGACGUCAGCGCGAAGUACCUGUUUUGCGGAGGGAAUACGAAGGGAAUAGAGGCAAUACGUUGCUGUGGUUCUACGCGAAUCGAUUUGGGCAACACCAUGUACAGCAUGAGGUCACUGUACCAAUCAGCUGCCGGUUCGAGAGGUCCUGACAUCAUGAUGGCGGACCUUCUAUCUCGCCAGGAGACUCUCAUUUCGAACAUCGAACAUCAAAUCCUACGAGUCGAUAAGAUUCUCACGGAAACGGAAGUAUCAGUCCGUACCAGUGCAAAAUGCGGUUCGGCGGAGCCUUCGAACGCGGUUACGUGUACCUCAUCGACUCCGUCCGCUGCCAAGCUCAACUUAAACUGGCCAGACAUUAAGUACCCGUUGGAUAUUGUGGUACAUGCGGAUCCCACGCGACUUCCUGUUACCCCGUGGGCCUUGCGCAAAUUGUUAAGUGGUUCAGUCAUGAUUCGGACGCAUGUUCAUUCGUCGUAUAAGGGAGAGCUGUGCGCUGUAGAGGAUGAUUAUGCUAACAUGGAUCGAACGAACGGGAAAAUCAAGAUCAUUUUUACGCUUAUAUUCCGUAACAUCAAGGAAAUGGAGUUUAUGGUCGACCCUGUCAACCAGAUGGCGGUUUCUGGUGAGGCGAACCUCUUUCGGUACAUCUGUCGAACGUUUCCCAUAUUCCCCGCCCUUGGUGUCUUCGAAGAAACUCUAUCCGAUCACUAUAUUGAUGUCAUCUGCUCGAACCUCAUUGGUGCUAAAGUGAAGGAUCAGCAGACCACAUUGAAUUAUCUCGUUGACCAGAUCGCACAAAAGGAUGGGAUGCUUGUCUGUAACAAACUGACCCCUGCAGACUUCUGCUUGCACGCCGCUUUGCAGAAAAGUCCCUUUUUAAGUUUACCAAGCAGCGCGCAAAAAUGGCGGCGAUCAGUAGCCGCAGCAUUCUAAGCAGAGAAAAGUACAAUGUUAAGGACUGGGUACGAUAAUUUUAUUUCCCAUGUAAGCUCAAGCGUAAAUGAGUUCUUGAUGGAUGCAAUACUCACGUGAAUAGCAACGUCUAACGAUAUUUGCCUGUAGAUUUUGUUGAUGAAUUUGGAAAAAAACAGGAGGCCUAGAACAUGCUUCAAUUUCAUACAUUAUCUAUAUGAUUAUUUAUUUGUAAUGUAUCUACUGAUCUUCUAUUGAUUCGGUAUUGGCUAUAUAAUAAACGCACGUCAGUGUGAUAUAUAGUAGUUGAGCGUUGUGCAUGUAAUCCAUGUUGAUACACCGCUUAUUGCAAAUGCUAACAAUACACAUCUCUUGAAAAUCAUCAAUUUAUAUCAAAAAACAGUUGAGAAGGAAUAGAUUCGUUGUAUAAGGGUGUAGAUAUGUCCACAACUAUAAAUGUCACAAAGCUAGGAACGCAUUUGACCCUUUUCCUUUAAGCUGACCAUAAAUAUUACAAUAGAAACAACAUUACAUUUUACAUGUCAGAACAGGUUCAAUAUGGCUUUUGCAGACUGCUCCAUUGUUAGGCACAUGCAGUAAUCAAACUAUCGAUUUAAAAGAGCGAUUUUGUUUCGAAUUGGACAUGUGAAAUCAGAUCGAGUGAGCAAAUUUUCUAGCAAGCGGUCUAGUUGCGUCCUUGUCUUUGUUUGUACCUAAUAGUAAAGCUAAGCUGUGGGCCAUACAUACGUUUCCUAAAGGGUCACAGAAUGCUGUUGGCUUGUUUUUGCUAAGGGGAGAAAUCAAAUAAUUUUAUACAUCGAUAUUUUUCAAGUAAAUUCAUCAAAAAAAAAUAUUAAACAUAUAGAUAAAUCCUUUGCUUUUACAUAAGGAUGAACGAUGUAUGAAUGAGUUAUAGAUUCGUGCGUACAAAAAGGAAUAAAUGAGUACACAGUUGAAAUAAAUUAAACAAAUAAUAAAAUUUAUUAAUUUAUUAGAA